AUGAGCCUCUCCUGUGCACCGCGUAAGGUGUUUCUUCUCACCUUUGUGGCGCUGCUGAUCGCGAGUGUCGCUCUGGCGGAGGAGGAUGACGUAAAUGAAUUCAUCAGCGAUGAGGCGGAUGCCAUGUAUACGGCGUCGGACGCGGGCGCGGGCAGUGCAGCGUACGUGAGUCGCGUCCUGUUCCUUAACGCGUCGUCGCAGUCUUUCCCUUCCUUCCCUGCUGGCUCGAAGGUAAACGUAGCGGUGGCCUUUCAAAACAAUGACAACGAAGCCUCGCAGGUGGUGUUCCUUAUGACUGGCCUCCUGCAGCCCCCGCACCAGUACCACAUUGUCCUUCAAAACUUUUCCGUGGUGCGCCAGGCGCGCGAGGUGAAGAAGUCGGAGACGGUGAGCAUGCAUUAUACCUUCAGGCCGGAACCCCACCUCGAGCCCGGAGAGUACAACUUGGUGAUCGGCCUCUACGUCCAGAACUCGGCAACGAACCAGACGUACUUCAUCACAUCUUUCAACUCCUCAAUCAUGCUUGAAGACCCCCUCGGCACGGAUCCUCGCACCGUCCUCACGUACUUCACCUUGCUCUCCAUAUUUGGCGGCAUCGCGUACAUGGUGGGUAAUAAGAUGGGCAUUGUGAAGAUGAUUAAGGCGAUGGCGCACUCGAAGAGCAGCACCGGCAGCGGCGCACAUCACAUGGAGAUGGGCACCGGAAGCACCGGCUAUGACCCGGCAUACAUCAACGCUGAGCACCAACGCUACCGUGAUGAGGUGCUGCGUAAGAAGUCGACUGAUGCUCACUCUCGUCGCGCGUCCGGGUCGCCAAAGAAAAGGAAGUGA